CUCGCCAAACACCAAAAUUCCAUCUCACCCAUCAUCCAUGGAGCGCAGCGACCCGCCAGCCCGACGGAAGUCCUGUCAGGCCUGCAAAAAGGCGCGGCGGAGAUGCGAUCUAGCGCGUCCAACGUGUCAGCGCUGCGCUCAGCGGAAUAUCCACUGCCAUUAUCCUUAUGCGCCUCCACAGCGCGAGGGCGUCAGCUGUAUACAGCCCGUGAUUCCAGUUUCUGGGAUUGAGGGUUCGCUUACGCCAUCAUGCCUUGGGAUGCUUGAUUCGAUUCUGGAACCGACGGACGAUUUUACAGACCAGCUGUUCCAAGUUUCGUUAGAUUGCGAUGCUUCCAAUUGGUCUUCGCCGCGGCUUUCAACCACGGCUCAAAAUGCGUUGAAUAGGUCUCAGCUUGUUACUGUUCCUCAAGUUACAAGGGCAAUUACGUCCCGGCUUCAGUAUGCUAUGGAUACAAUAUUAAAGGGCCCUUCUCAAAUGGUUUCGGAGAAUCAGACGCCCUGGUGCCAUUCGCACUUGUAUGAUGAGGGAAUGCCUAAAUCUAUGCAACAUGCGGUAUCUUCUGCUGCACUCCAUGCAGCAAAGAAUCAUCUCAACGCCAGAGUCAUCCGCGACAACGUGGAAAGUCGUGUACAAGAACUUCUUUCCAGUUCUCCAGCAAUGACACCACUAGAAACUCUGGCAUAUGCACAGGCCCUCUUCAUAUAUCAAGUACUCCGCCUACAAGAUAAUGAUUCCCGAACCUAUGCCAUCUACGAAUCUACCAUGCCUCACCUCGAAGAAGCAUCCAACGCCCUCAUCCCCUACAUCGCUUUCGAUGAAACAGCAGACUCACCAGAUCACACCGCAGAUCUCAUUCCCCUCUAUCCUGCCUCUGCAGCACAAGCCUUCUGGACAAACUGGAUCUUCCAAGAAUCAGCCAAAAGAACCCUCGGCAUGAUAAACUUUUUCAUGUUGACAUAUUACUUCAUGAAAGGCGAGUCAGGUAAUAGAUGCGGCCAGAAUAAAAACAUCGCUGUGAAUCGGUCUGUCACCAUGUCUGCGCAUUUAUGGAAAGCUCAAGAUGCUGUUGACUUUGCACUGGCGUGGCGAAAUAAGAAACACUUCGUGAUAAAUGUGAGCGCGUAAGUCAACAUUGAGUUUUGUUUGUUGUGUCUUUAGCUGACGAUUAACGGACCGAAUUUCUUGGAGACGAUAAUCCACGAUGCCCAGAAGGAUGACAUUGAUGCUUUUGGCAAGAUAUGUCUAACAUCGUUGAUGGGACUUACUGAGGCAAAAGGUUGGUUAGCUAUGAAGGGGAUUACUUUAUAAUCUUUCUAUAUAUUCUUUCUGAUUCCAGUCCACCUUGAUAAGGUGACAGUACGAUGAGAAUACCUGGGCAAUAAUUCUGAUCGCAUGCGUCUACACCCUUCUGUAUAAGAGGCUCCUGCCCCUCCUUUAAUCACAUCAUCUUGAACUCUAAUUCAUCCUCCUUGUGACAUUCCUGCCGUACUAAAAACUCUUUCUCGAACUCAUUCUCCUGUUCCCAGUAGGCAUCGGCCUUUGCGCUUGGCUUAAAUUCGCCAGAUUUGACAAGUUCGUCAGAUGGGUACUCGUAGACAUCCAGUUUGAUGGCUUGAUUCCCUGGGUAUAAAUGGAGAUACUGAUUCCCGGCCAUUGUUUUCAUAAACGCGUCAUAGCGCUCAAGAUCAUCGAUGUGAAUUGCAUCUCGGGGAGAGAGAAAUGCCACUGCUCUACAAAUGAAGAAUGUGGCGAACUUGAACAUAAGAGCGAAAGGUGGCAUGACGCUGGAAAUUCGAAAGCCUCGGGGUUCUAGUAAGAGCCGUUGGUGUUUUCAACUUAUGGUUUGUUCCUG